AUGGCAUCUCAACAAGUCGAAGCCUUUUCUGCGCCGAAGCAGAAAUACGAAAAUGCUCCACCCUUUCCAGAUGAUGUGCCAACGGCGCCUCUUCUUCGGCUUUCGCUCGCCAAAUUGCUUGACCAAGAACCCGAGGAACUAAAUCGGUUCGUUAGGGCUUGUGAGGAUCUCGGCUUUUUCUACCUCGACCUUUCUGGUCCAGGCGACUCUAUUCUCGCCGAUGCUGAUGAACUUUUCCGAGUUGGCGAGAAGUUGUUUGACCUCCCACUAGAAGAAAAGAAGCAGUACGACUUCCAGCAAAAGAAAUCAUAUUUUGGAUAUAAGGGCUAUGGUGCCAAUGUGGUGGACAAAGCUGGCAAUCUCGAUCGCAACGAGUUCUACAAUGUGUCCAAAGACGAUAUCUUUGGACUUAUGGAUCCCUUAGCAGCCCCCGAAGUGCUCAGCUCAAGACGUCCACUCUUCAAAUCAUUCAUGUCGUCGGCCCACAGCAUUGUCACACUUGUUCAUGAACUCCUCAACGACCACCUGCAACUACCACCACACACUUUGCAGAACAUGCACCGUCUGGACGGCCACUCUGGGGACCAAGUCCGAUUCAUUAAGGCGCCACCGCAACCCAUCGACGACCGACGGACAGCUCUGGGCGAACAUACCGAUUUCGGAAGCGUAACGGUCCUCUUCAACCGGCUCGGCGGAUUGCAAGUCCUUCCACCAGGUCGUGAUGCACAGUGGUGCUAUGUCAAACCCCUUCCCAAUCACGCCAUCAUAAACCUCGGAGAUGCCAUGGUGAAAUUUACUAAUGGCCUUCUCCGCUCGAACAUUCACCGUGUCGUUGCCCCUCCGGGAGAGCAGGCGAAGUAUACCCGGUAUUCACUGGUGUACUUCAAUAGGCCGGAGAACGAUGUAAAACUGAAGCGACUGGACGGGAGCGAUAAAAUCCCCCCGCUCGAGCAAGGUGCAGUCGAAGAGGAUAUAAACAGCAAGGACUGGAUCCUCAGACGAGCACUGGGACACAGGAUCGAAUUGUUUGGCAAGGAUGAGGCAUCAAACUUUGAUAAGAUCCAAGGGACAGAGAGAAUUAGCCAGAGGGCUUACUUGUAA